UGUGUAUGAUUGAGCUCGAAAUUUGGUGUUCAAAAUUAGGUGCAAAUUGGUUUGGAGUCCUUCACCUUCGAUUAUGUUUAUGGUGGUAGUACUAGCUUGCCUGCUUCUACAUUAUACGAUGAUUGUGUUUCUCCUCUUGUGGAUGCUCUAUUCCGUGGUUAUAAUGCCACUGUUAUUGCAUAUGGCCAGAUGGGGUCGUGGAAGACGUACACCAUGGGGAUUAACUGUUCAGGGGAGGGAAGUAAUGUAGGAGUCAUACCUAAAGUAAUGGAAGACAUAUUCCAAAGAGUCAAAGUGAGGAAAGAUUCAAUAGAAUUUGUGAUUAGAGUCUCAUUUAUUGGGGUAAAAGAAAUACUUCUAGUUAGCUUGUUUCAUUUUGUUUUCUUUCGCCUCACUACUUGAGUUUAUUUGCUUGAUGUAGUAUGAUGUGAUGACAGGUACUCAAGGAUGAAGUGUAUGAUUUACUAGUUCCAAAUUUGCAUCCAAGGGAUCCCAUACAAAUUAGAGAAAUCAAUGGAGUUGAAGUGGACCAAUAAGUAGAAGUAGCUGAGAGUGAGAAAUGUCAGGCCAAGAGAAGCAUCUUGAGGACUGCUCAGUCUCCAACGCUCUGGGCACAUGGGUAUUUUCAGUAGCAGGGGCUUUGCUAGCAAUUCCAGUGGGUAUAAAACGGAAAUCUCCAGCACCCCUUGUGUUCUUCGGCACAACUGGUACGAUGCUUGAUAUUAUCAUGGGAAUCACUGCCUGCGAAAGAGAACAUGCAGAACGCCAGAUGCAGCUGUUAGAAGCUCAAAAUUCUGCAGCUGAUGCUUCUCUUGCUGAGACUGGAGCAGAGUCUUGAUGUCAAGCUUAUAGUCAGAUGCCUCAUGUUCGGAAGCUUUCAGUUUGUUUCAACUUGCUUUGCUGUAAAAGAUGAAUAUUUCUUUGAUAAGUGAAAAAAAUUUCUUUUCCUAUGA